UGACAGGCAGUGGUGGAAAUGGGCCUGAACAUCCUGACAUUUUUUUUUCUUUCUUUGAGGGAUACAGAUAAAUGUCUAAACACAGGUGUCUUACAAACUACAGCUUGGAUAUUUUAAAAGAAGUAUGUUUCAAAUAUACUAAACAAAUGAAAGAAUUUAAAAAGGACAUAGAAACGUAAGUAAUGCUGUGCUGUGUACAAUAAAACCCAGUUCUGACCUUUACUGAUUUUCAUCAAAAUAAUCCUCUUCAGUGAAAGACUGGAUGGGGUCUGACAUAAACCCAUUAGAACAUACACAGCUACCAACAGUCGAUAGCUUUGCUCUGACUGAAACCUCCCAAUUAUUUGAUGUUCUGCAGGACCAAAACAGCCCUCCACUACAAGAUCCAGAUGUGUCUCCAUAUAGCCAAUAUUCCAGCCUACAUUUUCCUCCAAUUCAUUCACCUGUGGCCACACCACCAUGUUACUCUAGCCAUGACCUCUACACACAGUACCCAGAUGACUGGUAUUCCCCUGGAAUGUAUGAGCUAAGGAAAAUACCUUCUGAAAAUUGUUUCCCACGUGAACUAGAAGAAGUGAAUAUACCUGUAAGCAAGAAAUCCAGACAAGGUCAUACAGCAACAAGGAUAAAAGGAGAAGAGCUCUGCGUUGUUUGUGGUGAUAAAGCCUCUGGAUAUCAUUAUAAUGCACUCACCUGUGAAGGAUGUAAAGGUUUCUUCAGAAGAAGCAUUACUAAAAAUGCAGUGUACAAAUGUAAAAAUGGAGGAAACUGUGAAAUGGACAUGUACAUGAGAAGAAAGUGCCAGGAAUGCCGUUUGCGAAAGUGCAAGGAGAUGGGGAUGUUAGCAGAAUGUUUAUUAACAGAAAUACAGUGUAAAUCAAAGAGAUUACGAAAAAAUCCCAAACAACCAGAUCAGUUAAGUAGAGAAGACAGCGAUACACCUGAUUACAGACAGGUGACAUCCACCACAAAGCUCAAAAAGGAGAUAGAAGGGGAGCUUACCAGAGAGCAGCAAAAUCUUGUGAACUAUAUUUUGGAAGCUCAUCUAAAACAAGGAUUUCCUGCAGACAUGUCAAAUAAACUACUCCGGGAACAAUCCAGUGCCGAGGAAAACUUCCUAUUACUAACUGAAAUGGCUACCACUCACGUACAAGUUAUUGUGGAAUUCACCAAAAAACUUCCAGGCUUCCAAGCUUUGGACCAUGAAGACCAAAUUGCAUUACUCAAGGGUUCUGCUGUAGAAGCCAUGUUCCUUCGCUCAGCCCAAAUAUUUAAUGAGAAAGUACCGGAAGACCACACAGAACAGCUGGAAGAUAAGAUACGAAACAGUGGAAUAUCACAGGAAUAUAUAACACCAAUGUUCAACUUUUACAAAAGCAUGGGGGACUUGAAAAUGUGCAGAGAAGAAUAUGCCCUGUUGACAGCCAUCACAAUCUUGUCACCAGAUCGGCAGUAUGUGAGGAAUAGAGAAUCAGUGGAAAAACUUCAAGAGCCAUUAAUAGAGGUGCUACAGAAAAUCUGCAAGCGACAACAUCCAGGUAACCCUCAGCACUUUGCCUGUCUUCUAGGGCGACUAACAGAACUUCGGACAUUUAACCACCAGCAUGCAGAGAUGUUAAUGUCGUGGAAAGUUAAUGAUCACAAAUUUACUCCCCUUCUCUGUGAAAUAUGGGAUGUACAGUGAGAGAGAGAAGUGUCAACUGUGAUCUUUUGGACAGUAGUGACCACUUCCUUUUAUGCGCACCUCAGUUAUCUUCAUUCUUUUGGACAUGACUAAAACCUGACAUGCAGAACAUUGUGAAUAGCAGCUGUACCCUACAUCAUUGCUAACAGAUGUUAAAUACAGAAUUUCAUUACCUAACAUUUAUACCAAUGUUUAUGUUAAGUGAAGACUCAGUUUUAUUGCCAUAUCUUCAAGCCGACCAUGUGCUUGCACCAUUUGGGUGCUACUGGUAAAAGGAAUACAUUUUAAUAUUCUUUAGAUAACAACUGCACCACCGAUAUUAGCACUGCCUUAUGGUAUAGUAAGAAGAUACAAUAUUCUGUUGCCUCUUUAUUAAAAAGUGUAUUUACCUGAA